UUAACGGAGAUCAAUAUCGGAGCAACAAAUUUGCAAGUUCGUUCCCUUUCCUUGUUUCUUUCUCCAGAUCCAAGAAGCUAGGAGAACACGUUGUCGAUAUCGAUGAGGAAAAAGAUGGAAUUAGCGUUGAAAGCUCUACCUCCACAGCUCAGGUUAUCCAGACACAACUUAAUGAUCUUGCCCUCAAUUUUUUCUCUUGCUUUUUACCUUUUGAAUGGAAUGUCGAUGCAUCAAGUUAUAAUUCAACCAAAAAGAUUAAGCAUCUACUUUGUUUGGUGCAUGAAGCUCUCACACCUUUGCUUCUAGAGAUGGUAUGUGAACGUUUAAAGGUCGGGUUUAGAUUCAAGAACACAGAGUUUGAGCAUCUCCUUGGUCUCAUACAUGCAACCAUUGGUAUUUCAUUACUUGAUAUGGAAAUAGAUCAUGCGAGAGAACGUCAAGAGGCAGAGAUAUUUAAGCACCUAUUUGGUCUGAUUCGUGAAGGUAUCAUUCCAUUACUUUCAAAAAUGGAAAAUAUGAGGAAGGCAAUUUUUUACACCAGUGAAUUUCAGAAACCUGGAUUCCAAGUCAAUAUGGUAGAGAUUGAAGAUUGGGAAUCAAUUCCAUUUGGCUCAGAGUUUCAGAAGGCUGGAGUUGAAUUCAAUAUGGCAAAGAAAUUUAAGGAUGAUGGAGAUAAGAUUUGGAACUGGUUAACAAUACCUUAUGCCACUGAACUUCAAGAGGCUGGAAUUGAAUUUGACAAGGCAAAGAAAUUUAAGGAUCUACUCGCUCAUCGAAAUAGGAAUGAAGACCAAAACUCAAAAUCGUGUGAAACAGGGACGCAAAUGGAUGGAGUUGAAUUAAAGACAAUAGAGAAAUUGAAGCUUCUACUUUGUCUCAACAAGAUUGAAAACUGGAAGUUAGUACCUUGCGGCAAAGAGCUUCAAGAGGCUGGAGUCAAAUUUAACAAGGCAAAGAAGUUUAAGCGUCUACUUGCUUUUUGAGAGAUUGAAGUCAGGAACAUACAUGGUGCCACAGAGCUUGCAAAGGCUGGAAUCAAAUUCAAGAAGGCAA